AUGGCGGAUUCCUCACCCUCAAGUACCACAGUUUCAAGAACUGCCCUUCUCCUUUUGAGGGUUUUAACCUUUAUCUUUCUUUUCAUUGCACUCAUUCUCAUUGCUGUAGCCAAACAAACUGAUGAUAACACUGGGGAAAAAAUCAAGUUCAGUGAUUUCUAUACCUAUAGAUAUAUGAUCUCGACUAUAAUCAUUGGAUUUGUGUAUAAUCUGCUGCAAAUGGGGUUCUCAAUCUUCACUGUGGUAUCAGGAAAUCGUGUGUUAAGUGGUAAUGGUGGUUAUCUGUUUGAUUUCUUUGGUGACAAGAUCAUAUCGUACUUUCUGAUUUCUGGUUCAUCUGCUGGAUUUGGUUUGACAGUGGAGUUGAGAAGAGGUACACCCUCCAACUCAUUUACUGACAAGGCACACGCUUCAGCCAGUCUUCUUCUGAUUGCAUUUCUGUUCACUGCCGUGGCAUCAACUUUCACUUCCUUUGCUUUGUCAAAGAAAACUAAUAGUUAG